CUCCCUUCACAUAAGACGGAAUCUCGGUUUAGGUAAGAGGUGACCGAGGCUCGGGAGGAUAGCGAGGGUAGGUACACCCGGUACCUAAGCGGAGAGCACAGACCAUCGGCUACAGUUAGCUACCUACUGUAACUUGAUUCGUUCUUAGCGGCGGCACUAACAAAGUCAAUGUCAUCCUUGCUUGCUUUCCUUAUCGCUACAAUAAGUUAUCUUUCCAUUUUUUGUUUGGCGCAUCGACGCUCUGGUUCAUCUUGGAUCUUCCAACCCGGUCCAGCACAGUCUCAGUCAAUAACACGCUCAUCAAUUACUAUCUCUCUUUUCCCAGUAACUGAGCAAAGAAAUCGUCACAAUGGGUUGGUUCUGGGCCGACGCAACUCCCGCUGCUCAAGCAGCUGCGCAGCCGGCGGACUCGAAACGCCAGCACCAUCCCGCAGCUGCCUCGCCUCCCGCCAGCUGUCCCAUGCACAAGCGCACCAUCGACGCUCUCACAUCCGUGAAACCUUCCGCUAGCGCAGAGGCUCCUUCCUGUCCCGUCCCGCACGGCGCGCCCUUCGCAAAUUCAUCACCGUCUUCCUGCCCCGUCCCGCAUAGCGAUCGCGGCGCCCCAUCGGACCAGCGGCAAGAACAGGGCCUGCUGUCCAAACUCAACCCGCUCAACUACAUGUUCCAUUCCAUCUCGCAAGACCCCGCCCCGAAUCAGAACUAUGCGCUACCGACCAGCCGAGACCCGUCCUCCAUCCCCAAGGGCAGCGGCGAUGGCAACUGGGAGUACCCGUCGCCGCAGCAGAUGUACAAUGCGUUGCUGCGAAAGGGGUACACGGACACGGACAUCACGGCCGUCGAGAGCAUGGUGGCGGUGCACAACUUCUUGAACGAGGGUGCCUGGGCCGAGAUUGUCGAGUGGGAGCGCCGGUUCGGCAAGGGCCUGGCCCGCGGCUGGGAGGUCAGCAAGCGAGGCGAGGAGAACGCGCCGCUGGAGCUGAGACGCCUCGAGGCGCAGGAGGGAGGCCGGCGGGAACAGCCGACGCUGAUCCGGUUCCAGGGCAGGCCAAAGGAUAUGACCCCCAAAGCCGCCAUCCUGCAGAUGCUCGGGAGGAUAUACCCUGAGAAGUUUGGCACCGAACCCCCUUUCGACCGCCACGAUUGGUAUGUCGGGCGCAACGUUAACGGCCAAACGAAGGAGGUGCGCUAUGUGAUUGACUAUUACUCGGGCCCUCCCGAGCCAACGGGCGAGCCCGUCUUCUUCCUUGACGUCCGCCCGGCGAUGACUCCCACGGGCGCCGUCGAGCGGUUGAUGCGGUGGGGCGGAGAUGUGUGGUGGAGAGCAUCAGGCGGGGAGGUGCGCGAGAACAAUAGGAAGAAUGGCCAGAGUUGACUGUGCAGAACACACUUGGGUCUGGAAAGGGAUAGGAUGUUAAUGGGCGCUGUUACUUGGCAUAUCUGACGGCGUAACGGAGCACAUGCAGCAUGGGUCUUGUGUCUUGGACAGGUUUACGUGUAGUUUUACUCUCUCUCUUGUCGGCACAGUCUGGCUGUGCUUACUUUUUGUGUGUAGGAUAUUGCGCUGCAUCCUACUGCCAUCCGAGGCUAUGGAGAACGCCGUCGUGAUCUAGAAACUGUAUUCUAAGUUGACUGUUAGUAAUUCAGCUACCUUGGAAGGCUUGGAUACAGAGGAUACCAAGGC